CUCUGGGAGACCAAACAUCUGGACAACAAAGGGCUCGGAGGAGCAUAAGCUGAGGCAGCUGUGAGGGAGCGCAGCAGUCGGACUGAUCUCUUCAACAUGACUCCUGCUCUGGCGUUGUUGGCGUUCUCGUUGCUGGCCACGGCGGCGGCUCAGUCCUACGACCACCACGACAUGGGCUGGGUCAACGCGUACCGGCAGGGCUUCAACUUCCAGUGCCCCCACGGGGAGGUUCUGGUGGCCGCCCGGAGCUACUUCAGCGAGGCCGACGGCUCGGACCGCCUGUGGUCGUUCGAGUGCCAGCCCACACCGGCGGGCCUGGGGGAACCCAGUGACUGCUGGUGGGACGACAUCAGCCGUGCUGGGAUGGAGUGGACCUCCACGUGCACACGCAACGGCCUGGUGGCGGGAGUCCAGAGCAAGUACUUUGAGUCCACCCUGGACCGGGAAUGGCAGUUUUACUGCUGCUACUACAAACGCCGCUGUCCCUACUCCUGCAUGAAGACGAGCGACGUUCCUGAAAACUACAGGGAAGAGGGAGAGAUGAUCGUCCCGAGUUACGGCUACUUCGUCCGAGGAGCCCAGACCACCUUCAGCGGAGUGCUGAGAGAUCGGCAGUGGAAGUACAUCUUGUGCAGAAUGACAGACUUUGAUUGUGAAUUUGAGAAUUUAUAGACUUGGAAGGAGCAUUUUAUUGACUCAUAAACACUUUAAAUACAUAAUCGCUGCUUCUUUAAAGCCAAGCCAUAAUAUUGACAUAACAGAAAACUCAUAUAGUUCAUGUUUUCAUUCAUAUAUUUACUUUUAAUAAAUAGACUAACUUCAGGAAUGUGACAUGAGCUUGUAAUCACCAUUUUUAUUAGUUUAGCAUGGGAAAAGAUUUAUAUCAUAUAACUGUUAAAGUAAACCACGGGUCCACGUGAGAUCUGGACUGAACUAGGAAACCCUGGCAGCCUGUGAAAGUGUUCUCCACAGCAAGAACAAUUAUCUGAUGCCGUCUUCAUGGGAGUGAAAAACAUGGAUGAUGUCACCUGACUUUCAGGCUCGUAAAAGCGGCCUGGCUGGGGUAUUCUCUUGGUAGUAACGUUUGAAAGAAACGCUGGGAUAAAUCAGUUCCUGGCAGCAAGAGAACAGCAAACAAUAAAGUGUGAUGCCAGUCCAUCCUUCCUUCAUUACAUCACGUUAGGUUUGGCAGUUAUAUCCUGUAUUUAAACUUAUGUAACUGUGUGAAAAUGGGAAUUAAAAUGUAUUUAAUGUGAAACUUUGCUGUUUUCAGUUUAAAUACAAUAAAAAAGGGUAAAUUAAA